AUAAACACAAAUAGGUAUUACCUAAAACUCUUAACACAAACUGUAUGUUUCAAUCUCAAUAGGUAUUACCUAAAAAUCUUUAACACCGGAUAUUGACCAAAAUGGCAUCCCAUCACUUUAUCUAUUUUCUAGUAGUGGUCUCUCUAAUGGUCACCAAUACUAGUGCACAUAAGGCAUGUCAUCCUGAUGAUCUCAAGGGUCUCAUUGACUUCAAAUCUUGCAUACACACUGAUACUUCUGGCAGACUAAACAAAUGGAAAGGCCAAGAUUGUUGCAAUUGGCCAGGCAUUUCUUGCAACUCUAAAACUAACAGAGUUGUAGAAAUCAAUCUCCCUGGUUACUAUCUUGAUGGUGAUGAUGAAUCUCCAAGAUCCGUGUCAAGCACAAUGAGUGGCACAAUUUCUGCUUCAAUUUCACUUCUCACUUCACUUGAAGUCCUUGAUCUCAACAAACUAGUUGGAUUAACAGGACAAAUUCCUCACUCCAUUGGGGCUCUCAAGAAUCUCAAACAACUUACUUUAGAGACCAAUCAAAUUUCUGGUGCAAUACCAGAGUCAUUAUGCACAAACUUGACAUCUUUGACAAUUUUGAGACUUGAAAAUAACCACUUGACAGGGGGAAUACCAGAAAGUAUAGGGAAUUUGCAAGCACUGCAGAAGCUUUCUUUGUCAAACAAUUCCUUAACUGGCAAAAUCCCAUUUUCUAUUACCAAACUAAAGUCCAUUAUCAGCAUUUUACUAGACCAAAAUCAGCUUGUGGGAGAAAUACAAUUGCCUUUGGUUCCUGGCCAAUGGCCUUCAAUUCAACAUUUGAGUCUUGCAAAUAAUAGACUCACUGGGGUUAUACCUAAUUCAAUUGGCUACUUGACAACACUUACAACAUUCUCAGUAUCAAAUAAUCAACUCACAGGGUCAAUUCCUUCAAGUUUGGGAAAUCUAAAAGAAUUGCAAAUAUUGAAGAUCAAUAACAACAGUUUAUCUGUUGAGUUAUCAAGCUGCAUUUGUGGACUUACUGAGCUUAGUGUCCUGCAUAUUUCUCACAACAAGAUCCAAGGACCAUUGCCUGGUUGUGUUUCUUCAUUUAAGUACCUUCUAGAAAAGGAAGUCGAUGUAUCAUUCAAACGUACAGCCGUUCUUCCCACAGGAUGGCACUAACUCUAAGUACAGUGAUGGAGCCAGAAAUUCUGACAAGGGGAUUCAAGAAAAUCCAAGAAUGGUGUCAUGCUUGGGAUUUGAACUUGUAUUUCUCUUAUGUUAAGAGGAUUCAAAAUUUUAUACAUGCCUAAAAAAACUUAUAUCUCUUUCUUGUAUUGACUCUAACUUGCCAGAAUCACUGGCCAGUAUGAGAAAAUCUAGUAAUAUUAGCUUUGACAACAUGUACUUUUCUUGAACAACAUAAUUUAAAUUAAAGAGUUGUCCCUCUAA